AGGUGGCGUCGUGAUAUGUAUUUGUUGAGCACUUCCUGUUAGGAAACGGCGAGGAAGCCAGAGAGCCAAUAAGGUUAAACCUUUGUGAAGUGUCCGGAUAUGUUCUUUCUGUCCACGUGCUGCAACCGGUCAAGCAAUGAGAGAGGGAAUACUUUCUACAGCGGAGGAUGGCGGGCGUGUGGAAAAAACAGGCUAAGACAUCCUCUUGGGGUCUUCUGAACAAUCGCAGAUAUUUGUGCAAAAAGACAAUGAUGUUUCGCGCCAUGGAGAGUGCAAGAGCAUGUAAGAAACGUCAGCGGAAGCAGAGAAAUGACGAUGUGAAGAGGAAAAGGAUAGAUACCCAUAAUGAGCCACCGGAUGUCAACGAGCCGACCAUAGGGGCCAACAUUCAGAGGUUUCCACAGGAGGUGUCGUCACAAAGAGACACGUGGGAUGUGGACAGCGGCUUUUCUGAGGCGAGCUCGCUAAACAUCGGCAGAAGCUCGCCGAGCCCGCCCGCCGUGGUUGCGUUGGACUGCGAGAUGGUGGGCACGGGACCUGGCGGGCGCUGCAACGCGCUGGCCCGCUGCAGCAUCGUGGAUUACCAUGGCGAUGUCCUCUAUGAUAAGUACGUGAAGCCGUGUCACCCCGUCACAGACUACAAAACACGCUGGAGCGGCAUCCGGCCACACCACCUCCGACACGCUAUGCCCUUUGCUCAGGCCACAGAGGAGAUCCUUCGCAUUCUUGAGGACAAAGUGGUGGUAGGACACUCAGUCUACAACGACUUUAACGUGUUGGACAUGGACCAUCCAGCUCACAUGGUCAGGGACACAGUGACCUCGCAUCACCUCACCUGUUUAGCCGGCUUUCCUCGCCAACGCCGUGUCUCCCUUAAGAUCUUGGCCAGAAAGCUCCUAAACAGACGCAUUCAGGUGGGGAACAGCGGCCACUGCUCAGUGGAGGAUGCCCGGGCCACCUUGGACCUUUACAAGCUAGUGGAGGACCAAUGGGAGGGGGAGCUGCAGAGCAUGCUGAGGGUGGACCACGACCAGCCCAUCAAGGCCGCCUCCACAGAGGAUUUCAUGCAGGACCAGUACUGGCCUGACCACCUGAUAUCUGACUCCCAGGAAGCAGAGCAUGUUGGAGAUGCUGACUGACUUUUGAUGCUUGAAGGAAAACAACUUACUACUUGACUUGGACGUGUUUGUGAAGUUACCUUUGGACCUCAUUGGGACGAGACAACGGGAAGUUGGCGUGUUUGUCCACACAGCUGAUAUUGUCUUGUUUGCUGUGCUGCUCAUCUAAAUUGCCUCCAAUAAAAAAAAAGACAGUAAAAUGUGUAUUUUAUUGUAUACACGCU